CGCGUAGCGCCGCGGGAGCCGGGCCGGGUGGACAGAUCCCGGGUCCACAUGGCUCAGUAGAAGAUGAAGCCCAACCUGGCAGGCUCCUCCCCAGAGGCCUGCAAGGCUGCAGCGCAGGGCGAGCAGAGCUGCCCUGUCUGCCAGGCCUGGGGUGGGGUCUCAAGCCUGGGGUCUGAGUCAGGGCCUGGGCCGGGGCCUGGUGCUGCGUCCAGACCUGGGCCGGGGCCUGGUGCUGUUCCGGGGCCUGGACCUGGGCCUGGUACUGUGCCAGGGCCUGGGCCGAGGCCUGGUGCUGCUUCGGGGCCUGGACCAGGGCCUGGUGCUGCUUCAGGGCCUGGACCAGGGCCUGGACCAGGGCCUGGUGCUCCUUCGGGGCCUGGACCAGGGCCUGGUGCUGCUUCGGGGCCUGGACCAGGGCCUGGACCAGGGCCUGAACCAGGGCCUGGUGCUGCCUCGGGGCCUGGACCAGGGUCUGGUGCUGCUUCGGGGCCUGGACCAGGGUCUGGUGCUGCCUUGGGGCCUGGACCAGGGCCUGGUGCUGCCUCGGGGCCUGGACCAGGGCCUGGUGCUGCCUUGGGGCCUGGACCAGGGCCUGGUACUGCUUCGGGGCCUGGACCAGGGCCUGGUACUGCUUCAGCGCCUGGACAAGCUCUGGGGACUGGGCCAGGAGCUGGGUCAGUACCUGGUUCAGGAGCUGCACCUUUAUCUGGGUCAGGGGUAGGGCCCGGGCCCAGACGGGAAUCAGGGGCUGGGCAGAAACCCAGUGAGCCAGUGACAGCCCCAGUGCCAGUACUGCAGCAGAAGACUCAGACCACACCUGUGCAGGCCUCUAAGCAGAAGGUUCUGGUGACUGGAGGAGGAGGCUACCUGGGCUUUAGCCUGGGUUCCAGCCUGGCCAAGAGCGGCACUUCUGUCAUCCUGCUCGACCUCCGCAGACCCCAGUGGGUGCUGUGCCCAGGGACCGAGUUCAUCCAGGCUGAUGUCCGUGACGCAGAAGCCCUGCACCGCGCCUUCGAAGGCGUGGACUGUGUGUUCCACAUGGCCUCCUGCGGAAUGUCUGGUGCCGAGCAGCUGCAAAAAGAGCAGAUUGAGUCUAUAAAUGUUGGAGGCACCAAACUAGUGAUUGAUGUUUGUGUCCACCGGCGGGUUCCAAGGCUUGUCUACACCAGCACCGUCAAUGUCGCAUUCGGCGGGAAGCCCAUAGAACAGGGCGAUGAGGACUCUGUGCCAUAUUUCCCACUGGAGAAGCACGUGGACCACUACUCCCGAACCAAAGCCAUUGCUGACCAGUUGAUCCUCAUGGCCAACGGGACGCCUCUCCCAGGAGGCGGCGCUCUGCGGACAUGUGUGCUCCGGCCCCCAGGGAUCUACGGCCCCGAAGAGCAGAGGCACCUGCCCCGUGUGGCGAGCCACAUCAAGAAGAGACUGUUCAUGUUCCGAUUUGGGGACCGCAGGACGAGGAUGAACUGGGUCCACGUGUGCAACCUGGUGCAGGCACACGUGCUAGCAGCCGAGGCCCUCACCGCCAGCAAGGGCUACGUGGCCAGUGGGCAGGCGUACUACAUCAAUGACGGGGAGAGUGUCAACAUCUUCGAGUGGAUGGCCCCACUGUUUGAGAAGCUGGGGUACAGCAAGCCCUGGAUCCAGGUUCCUACUUCCUGGGUUUACCUGUCAGCCACGGUGAUGGAGUAUUUGCACCUGGCCCUGAAGCCCAUCUGCAGCCUCCCGCCACUGCUCACCCGGAGUGAGGUGCGCAGCGUGGCCGUGACGCACACCUUCCAGAUCGCUAAGGCCCGCGCUCAGCUUGGCUACGUGCCCGACAAGUUCAGCUUCGCAGACGCCGUGGAGCGAUACGUGCAGUCGACGGGCCAGGGAACCCGCGGCUCCACAGCGCGGACGCUCCUGCGGCUGCUGCUCGGGCUGCUGCUGCUCCUUGGCCUGCUCGUGCUGGCCCUGCACUUCCUAGGCCCGCGGCCGUUCGUCGUCUGA